GUUUCUCACAGCUCCAUCGGCAGGGAAACACACCCGUCAGCAGCGCGCAGCGGAGACAAAAAAGAGCGCAUCACGGACAAAGGGAAUAUGGGCGCGCUGGAAAGGAUUCACCUGGGCUUGGCAACGCAAUGGAUGAGCCGCUCGUGUUCGGUUCAGCGGGACACCAAUUAGCCCACCUUAAUGAGGUGCUGGGACGCGAGGUACUGCAAGCUAAAAAGGCGGAAGGAAGGCAGCGUUUAAUCCAUCUGCGGAUCCUAUGAGCUUGCGAUGGCUUUGGCGGGCAUAUGCAACCGGAUAGGGGAUAAUGUGCCUUUUUAUUUUCUUACAUUGCUUUUAUUUUGUGGCCUUUCGUUUGGACAGUUAAGAUAUUCAAUAACAGAAGAGCAAGAAAAUGGGGCACUGGUCGGUGAUCUGGCGCAUGACUUGGGGCUGGAUAUUCGAAAGCUCCCUAGCAGAAAGAUGAGGAUAACCUCCAGUAGCGGGAGGCGCUACGUGAUUGUCAACUCUAAAACCGGUAAACUGCUCGUCAAUGAGAGGAUUGACAGAGAGUCUCUGUGUGACACUAUGAACACCUGCUUGAUUAAUCUGGAGGUGAUGUUUGAAAACCCCACAGAGGUGCAUCAUAUUGAGGUAGAGGUCUUGGAUGCCAACGACAAUGCGCCACAGUUCCCCAAGGAUGAAUACCAAUUGGAAGUCAUAGAGUCUGCUUCACCGGGCUCUAGAUACCAAAUUGAACAUGCUCUGGAUCCAGAUACUGGGUCCAAUGCAGUCCGUAUGUAUCAACUUAGCACAAACGACCAUUUUGCGCUGGUAUCCAACAAACCCUCCCUGAACACAAAGCACAUUGAGCUCGUGCUCAAAAAGCCUCUUGAUCGUGAACAAACGCCUUAUCACCAAUUAAUUUUAAGUGCUGUAGACGGUGGCACGCCAGAGAAGACUGGUACUGCUAAAAUCAAUGUGCGAGUGUUGGACUCUAAUGAUAAUCCUCCCAAGUUUGACAACUCUGUGUACAAAGUAAAGCUGUUGGAAAACUCUCCCAAAGACACACUGGUAAUCAAACUGAAUGCAACUGACCUGGAUGAGGGCACAAACUCUGAAGUGUAUUACUCUUUCAGCAGUUACACUCCAGAGAGAGUCCGGCAGAUGUUUAGCAUGGACACUCACACAGGAGAAAUACGAGUGAGAAGUAACGUGGACUAUGAAGAGACCAACUCCUAUGAGAUGUACAUCCAAGCUAUGGAUAAAGGCCCUGGGGCAGUGGCAGCCCACUGUAAGGUGGUGGUGGAGGUAGUGGAUGUGAAUGACAACGUCCCUCAGAUAGUUCUGUCCUCCCUGUCCAGUCCUGUGAGGGAAGAUGCCCGUGCAGACACUGUUGUGGCUCUCAUUAGUGUUACAGACCGAGACUCUGGCUCUAACAAACAGGUGAGCCUAGAGAUCCCAGCAGGCCUUCCUUUCAAGAUUAAGUCAUUCAGAAAUUACUACACUCUGGUUACCUCAGCCUUCCUGGACCGCGAGACCAAGGAUGCCUACAAUGUCACUCUGAGUGCCACGGACGGAGGAAACCCUCCCCUUUCCUCUCAGAAGACCAUACAGGUGGACGUGGCCGAUGUAAAUGACAACCCGCCCAGGUUUGAGCAGACUUCUUACACUGUCUAUGUGACUGAGAAUAAUGCCGCUGGGGCCUCUCUGUGUACUGUUAAAGCUCAAGACGCUGACAUAAAGGAGAAUGCUCGUAUCACCUACACAGUGCUCAAUGACAACAAUCAUGGCAUCCCUGUCACCUCCUAUGUGUCUGUCAAGGCCGAUACAGGCGAGGCUUACGCCUUGCGAGGCUUUGAUUAUGAGUCACUGCGAGAGUUUCAUUUCCAGGUCAAAGCCCAAGAUGGGGGCAUUCCUCCACUCUACCGCAUCGCCACCGUCUACAUCUACAUCAUGGAUCAGAAUGACCACGCACCACUGAUAGUUUCACCUGCGGGGAAUGGGACACGCUCCCAGGAGACGGUACAGAAGAAUGCAGAUCCUGGUGCCUUGGUGACCAAAGUGGUGGCCUAUGAUGCGGACGCAGGUCCGAAUGCCUGGCUGGUGUAUGUGCUCCAGACAGCCACAGACAUGGACCUGUUCAAAGUGCAUGAGCACACAGGGGAGAUCCGGACCACCAGGCGCAUCCUGGAAGACAACUCCACCUCAUUUGCUCUGACUGUUAUUGUUAAAGACCAUGGCCAGCCUCCUCUCACCUCCACUGCCACCAUCAAUGUGGCAGUCAUGGAAGUGCCCCCCAAAGUGGCCCCUGACCCCAAAAGGAUCAUCCGCCCUCACAGCACGCUGCUCUUCUCCAAUGUCACUCUCUACCUGAUUGUGGCGCUAAGUGCCACCACCUUUGUUUUCCUGGUGACUGUUGUGGUUCUGGCCAUCGUCCGCUGUCACGCCUACUGCUCUCAGCCAGGGUCCUGCUCCACAUGCUGUGGCUCACAAAAACCCCCUCCAGAUGGAGGCAGCAGCAGUGUGAGUGCAGGUGCUGCAGGUGCAACUGGUGGACAACCCAAUAACAAUGUGGUGUUGAGAAGAGACCUAAAAGUGGAGCCUCACUACAUUGAAGUGCGAGGAAAUGGCUCGCUCACAAAGACUUACUGCUACAAAACUUGCCUGACUGCCACCUCUGGCAGUGACACAUUCAUGUUCUACAACACGGGACGUCCCAUUAGUGGCACCUGGGGAAGUGGUGCAGAGCGCUUCUUCACCAGUGGAAGUGGAUUUGUACGCAGACUGAGCAUGCCCGAUGCCUCACUGCAGCUCUGCCCUGAGCCAAAAGCACCCAAUGCUGACUGGCGAUAUUCUGCAUCUUUGAGGGCAGGGGUGCAGACUAGCUCAGUCCACAUGGAGGAGUCGGGAGCAGUGAUGCAGGGAGCCCAGGGGAUGCUGGUCCAGAACUGGCCCACUGUCUCCAGCGCUGCAGAUGGAGAGGGCGGUGGAGAGCUGUCUCCCCCAGUGGGCGCUGGAGUGAAUAGCAACAGCUGGCACUUCAGAUACGGAGCAUCGGGCCAAGGCUACGUGCCCGCCCCCCAGCCUCUGAAGCCCGGAGAGAUCCCGCCCGAAGCGUUCAUUAUCCCAGGAUCGCCGGCCAUUAUCUCCAUUCGCCAUGAUGCCGGACCUGUGGAUGACAAGGGAGACUUCAUCAGCUUUGGCAAGAAGGAUGAGGCCAAGAAGAAAAAGAAGAAGAAGAAAGACAAGAAGGACAAGAAGGAUAAGGGCAAGGAUGACGGGGGGGACGACUAGGGGUUAAUAAUAACUAAACAAAUACAGAGCUACCAACAAACUUCCGUCCCUAUUACUGAGCCAGACCCAAGCCAAAUGCACACUAUCAAAAGUAUGGGAGCCUCUUUGCACCAGAUUUUUGCAUAGACGCUGUACAGUGGGCAAACUCUCAUUCGACCAAGUUUGGCUCCUCACACUAUGCGAACAAAUCCUACUCGGCUCAUUUGGCCCUGACUUUGCCCUCAAAUGUUUUCAGGUAAAUAUAAAAUGGUUGGACCAAAUUCAAACAGAAAGGAUAGUAUUGGAUGAGAAGAGCCUUUCUGUGAUUGUGCUGCCCCUUUGUAUAAUGCCACACCUACAGAGGUGUCAUAUUUGUAUUGAGAGCACUAUAAGCUGUUGACGUUGGCAUCUCUGUCUUUAUGCAGCCCCCUCCUUUUGCACUUGCAAAAGAACAAUGUAAAAAUAAUGAAACAGAUGCUUUUGUCUUUGCAUUUCGGAGGCCUUGUAGAAAUUCAGAAAAGUGGUCUUUUUUAUAAAAAUAAGAAAAACCAGUAAAAAGUGCAUCACAAGAUUAGCACCUUUGAUUCCAAUGAGAGCAACAGUACAGGACCACGUUUUCAACAAGCUCUGUUUCAGUGUAACAUAGCACAUCGCAGAGGCUCAGGUCAGGGUUGCACCAACUAUGAGCAAGUUUGUUCCCAGGUUAGGGCAAGUAGUGGCUUCAAUGGAGGUUAGUGAGUUAUAACUUUAAACAAUAGUAAAAAGUAAUGUUACAAAUAUAGUUAGAUAAAUAACAGGAGACGUAGCCAAUUCAGUGCAACACUGUGCUAAUGGGUACAAACCACAAAGGCUUGUGAUCUAAAAUGGUGGAAUUGGAAAUAUUACUACUGGAAUUGGAAAUGUUGUUAUUGGACUAAAUAAAUCACUGUAUUUUCAAGGACUAAACGAGCAUGCAUGCUGAAGUCCUUCGUAAACCUAAUAUACUUUUCAGCUAACCAGCAUUAUAAACACCAAAAUGUAUAAAAGGUGCAUUUAAAUGCAAACUUUGAUUUAAAAAAAUGUGUAUUAGUAUUUCACCGGAAAUGGUUAGCAAUUAUAUAAAGUAUAUGUAAUUUGUAUAAAAACUUCAAAAAUCACUUUUGUGGUUCUAUAAGUUUAAAUAUUCAACAAACAAAUAUACCCUAAAAGAGAAAAAAAGAGAAAAAAAAAAUCUGCUUUAUGGUUAGUGAUUGCAAUUCUGUGACUCUGUAUCAUUUGCACUUGCUUUUGCUUGCUUAAAUAUUUAGUUGUUAUUUAAGGUUGCUUUCGUGUUGCUAUGCUUGUGCUUUAGCAAUACGUGAUUGGAUUACAUGCGAUAGGGACUAUGGAAUUUAAACUUAGGGAACCUAAACAUGCAGCUGAUGCAACCGGCCCGCGACCUUUGCCCCCUUCUGGUGAAGUCAAGGGGGCACAGGGUCACGAACCCACUGUGUAUCAGCACAGACAAACACAAACAAACACCUGCUUCUGGCUUGUACAUGAAUAGCCUAUUACACACACACUACAACCAUACAACACAAUGAGAAAGAAUGAUGCUCAGCACCAUCCUUACUACGAGAGUGUACAAAAUGGCUGAAAAUGUUUUUUGGAGCCUGAUCCCUCUAUACUUCUGUCUCUGAAUGUUAUAGUUGUUCUUCGAUUUCCUGCAACAUUCGCACCGACCGCUUCAGCGCUUGUAGGAUGUCCUCCUGUUUCUUCACAUCAACACAGUUUCUGAAAGUCGUAAAAUAUAUAAAAAGAAAACUCACUCUUGGCAAGGCGCUGUUCUUUGCUUUACACAAACACAGAUGACAGUUGUGGCGUCUCUAUGGGUGAUGUUGUGAGGACAUGUGACAGGUUAGCAACACUUUGGUGGAUGCAAAGAGACAAGACAAAGGAGGGUGGUAAGAUCGCUCUACAAAUAAGGAAUAGAAAAAAGAAAUUUGAGUCAGACUCGAGUGAGGUAUCUGUUUUGGGAAAGAAAAACAUCUAAAUAGCAAGAAAAUGUUGUCUAUAUGGAAAAUUGACUGUAUUGCAAUAGUGACCCCCAGUAUGGAGUGUAUGUUAUGUUAUAGGGAGUGGCAUGGUAGAAAAAGUGUCCAAUCUUUCCCUUCUGUGUUCCUUGCUUUCUUGGUGCCAUUAACGUCAGCAGUCACAAUGGUCCCUGCCCAGGUGUAACUUAACUUCUGUGCUGUCACAUCACCAAGUGGCUGUUUGCAUGUUCUUAAAGCAAAGGAAACCGAAUACUAUAUAGAUAAUAUAUAUAUACAAGAUAUGUUCUUUCUUUUUCAACUGGGAAAUGCGUAUUGGAAUUACAUAUACCUCUGAUACCAGUUCUCAAAAACAACACAACCAUUGUACAAACGGUCCAUGCAUACAUAUAUACAGUAAAUUGUGGAAUAAAACUAAAAGAAACACAUUUUCUAUCCUGUUGAAAAUAAAACUUCUAGAUAUAUGAUAUUGUGUUAUGCUAUGAAAUGCCCUUUGCUUUUGUUUUAUGAUUUCGAACAACCCCAGUUCCAUUAACCUUGUGUUACGCUUUGAAAUGAUGGAACAAAUGAUAUUGUGAAAUCAAAUCACUUACUCGUUCUCCAUAUCUCUCCCUUACCCCGUAGAUUAUGUAAGCUGCAAAAGAAGAAAAUAAAAAAAACUCAAAAUGUAUAAAAUGCUUUAAAAAAAAUGCUGUUUGUGUAUUCUCUGCUUGUGUAUAGUGAAUGUUCCUCAGUCAUUGGGUGUGUCUGUGAGUGGCACAUCCCAUUCGACAGUGACAGUGCAAAUCUGUCCAAAGCAUCAUCUUUUGUACACCUGCUCAUCAUUGUAAAGGUGAUAGUAGUGGUUCUUUUUGAUUUACUCAAACUGGUAAUGUGUUUUGUUAAUAAGUCACAAAUAAAGUUUUUUUUUCUUAAAUAUCUCAUAA